AAGAACGGCCCGUUACAGGGUUAUACAGUCUUGCCGAGUGAAGCCCAUUUCGGCAGCCACUCUCUCGACUCGAGGCUGUGCCCAGCACACAGCCGCCGCCGCCUCCUCUCCCCAUCUCGUCGAGGGUUUCCGGCGGCUACCUCUUCUGCCGGCCGGUCAGAAGAUCAGGAGAUGGCGUCGCCUCUGACGGAGAUCCCGGACCACCUCCUUGCCGAGAUCUUCCUCCGCCUGCCCGACCCGGCCGACCUCGCCCGCGCCUCCGCAGCCUGCGUCACCUUCCGCCAAAUCUCCACCGACGGCUCCUUCCUCCGCAGAUUCCGCCGCCUCCACGCACCACCACUCCUCGGAUUCCUCGACUACGGCAGGUUCCGUCCCGCUUUGCCGCCGCACCCAUCCGCGCCCGCAGCCCGCGCGCUCGCCCUCGCCGCCGACUUCUACUUCUCCUUCAUCGACUCCUACUGCCACUGGACCGUGCAGGACUCCCGCGACGGCCGCGUCCUCCUCGACCGCGACCUCCGACAACAUGAGCAGCCCCCUGUUUUCAAAGAUCUCGCGGUGUGCGACCCCUUGCACCGCCGCUACGUCCUGCUCCCCCCGGUACCUCACGGCCUAGCCGCCUCGCUUGAGCACCCGUUCCCCAUGGUAAGCGACGCCCGGUGCAAGGCUUUCCUCGUUCCCCUCGGCAAGGAGGAGGUAGCGGCGGCAGAGACAACAUUCAGAGUGAUCUUGAUGGCAAAUUGCAAAACUAGUCUGGCUGCCUUCGUCUUCUCUUCGAGCACUGGGCAAUGGCAAGCCUCUGCAUCCAAGGUUUGGAGCGAUUUGGCCCUUGGCAAGCACGACAUGGCCGAGAUGUCAUGGGUCCACCCUUUUAUUCUCAGGCGCCAUUUUGCUUACGGCUGCUUCUACUGUGACUGGGUGGAAUUCGGGAGUAAAAAGUUACUCUUGCUUGACACCAGGAAGAUGGAGUUCUCCAUUGCUGACCUCCCGCCCAGGGAAUGGAACAAGGAAGGAGGAAUAGCCAUUGUGGAGGCAGGGGAAGGCAGGCUUGGGAUCUUUGGUUUCCAUGGUAAAACUUCAUCCAAUCUCAGCUAUACCGUUGCAUGGAACAAAGGCGAGAGUCCCAGCCAGUGGGAGGUGGAGAAGACAAUCCCACUAGAUUCUGGGUACAGAUAUUUUAUCAGAGAUGCAACCCAGAGACGUUGCAGAUUCAGAGGGUUUAUGAGAAACAGAAUUAUCAUUUACAUGAGACAUACCCAUAUAUCAACUUUCCACCAUCAUUGCUGUCUUCAAGGAGAAUAUGAAGUGAUCCAGGGGAGUUAUCAGAUCAUCUUUCUGUGUUCGAAGCGACCUUGUGUUUUGAUAGCAUGGACUCUCUUCGCAGAUUUGAACACCUACCUUGCUGACAAGAUGACGUGUGAGAGCUUAAAGGAUUUCAGCUGCCUGUGGUUUUUUGUAUGUUGUUCUUGAUUCCAUGCUACCUCUAGAUUCAGUUAACAUGGUGUAACAUGAAUGUGCUGCUCCGUGACUAAGAAUGUGACAAAUGGAAUUAAGAGUUUGAGUCAAGUGACAACUGUGGUAUUAGAUGUAGCUGAAGUAUAUUUCCAUGUCAAUUUUUUUGUUUCUAGUUUGCAUGGUGCUUGUAGCUUCAGUUAAUGUGGCUGCUGCUCCAUGCGUAAGAGUGAAUGUGACCAUGAAUUUGACAGUUUCAAUCAAUCAGUAACUAUUGUAGAGCUAGCUAGCUGAAGCA